AUGGGCAUCCAAGGAAGUAGACUCGCCGAUCAGGCCACUCAGCUCGAUGGCAAAGUCGCCCUGGUGUUGGAUUCUGAGAAGAACAUCCACCACUCCGCAGGUCUUGAAGGAGCAAACCACGAUUCUGCUGAUAACUGGAUGGAACUCCAGAUCUUCCAGUGGCGGGAGGAUCCUCCAACUCUUGUCCUGAAGAUGGGUCAUGCAUCUUCAAAUACCGAAUUCAAGGACAAUCUGGACCAGUUGACCGAUGUCUUGCAGUUCACCUUUAAACUGCCGGCCAAGUACCCAGGAGGCCAAGUUGGUCUUCUUCAAAACAUUCGGGGUCUGCUGGAUGGCACCAACCCUCACGGCAUCGUGGAAACACAUGUCGGAAGGAAGGAGACCGCCAGAUUCCUGAACAAGAAAAAAUGGGCCCGCCAGCAUGAGAAGGACCAUUGGUGGACUAACACCCCAAAGUCCUACGAAUGCAAGGUCGGUUGGACGCAGUUUUCGUCCCAGUACUUCUUCAAGUUCCGGGUAAACACAGGAGAAGCGGCACUCCUGGUGGUAGACAGACAUGCCGACGAGUACAAGUCUGCAGUGGGUCAGCAUCGACCACCGCAGCAACAGCUGUAUUUCACGCAGCUGAUCACCCUGCCCGUUCGGGUCUGGAUGUGUGUUCAGUACCGCCGACACCUGAGUUGCGGGGAUGCCAGUCAAGAGCGCGAAUCUCAGGUUGCCCAACCUGGCGCCGAGGCCAUCCAUGAUGCAUCUCCUCUCGAUAUCAAUGAGGGAUCGCCAACCGGUAUCUCGGGUAUGAUGAAGAAACUCACUGAGAACUUGACCCAGCAAGCUACCCGCAAAGCUGCUGACAUGGACGAGAUCAAUGAGUCGGUGACUGAAGAGCAACCAGGCCUCGGCAGUCAGGGCCCAGAACAGAGUGUGGUCUCGCCCAGUGAAGGGAACACAGAGGAGGAGAAGGAAACGUCAAACGCGCCGGUUGACCAGAAAACCCCGGCAGCUGAGAAUUUGGCGAUGGGAGAGAAGAGGCGGACGAAGAAUAAGCGCAAGAAGCUGCAAAGGAAAAGAAAGAGAGCUUUUCUAAAGGCAACAGAAGAAGUGCACGCAGAUGCACAGCCGCAACAAACCCAACAAAACGACGAACAGUCAGCGUCCGCGGCUGGUCAACCCCCCGCUGCCUGGUCACCUUUGGUACCAGGCCCUGUCGUUGAAAAUGUCGACCUCACUGAGGACGACUUGCGGUCCCCAACAUCUGCCACUGCCUCCUUCUGGACUGCGCAUUCGCCGUCCUCGAGAAUCUCCACAAAUUCUCGAAAUUUCCAUACUCCCCCUCCGGUCCCCAAUAUUUGCUUCACUGGGGAGUCUGAUGAAGAAGGUGUUUCAGUAGAAAUGAUCUCUUUGGAGACCAUGGCCGGCGCUCUGCGAGAGCUUAGUUUGCGGCGGUCGUCUGCAACAGCAACUCCCGCAAAUCCCACCACCCAUCUGACGGGAAUUUCACCGCGUUCAGAGCGCGAAUCCCCUAGUCCGACUUCCAAGUCUGAACCGGUACUUGGAGCAACAUCUCAGCUGCUUGCUGUCGGGGGCAAGCAGAUGAUGUGGAGCUCCGAGGAGCCAAAUAGCGGCCAGGACUCUGUGAAGUUGGAGGAUGGACUGGACGACACAUGUGCAGCAACAGCUCAUGUCGAAGCUCGUCAGCAAGAGGUUUCGCCACAGGGCGUGUUUGGCAUCACUGGCCUGCCCCUGCACCCUCAUGCUGAUCCCGUAUUCGGGCCUGCGACUCGUUAUCAGUCGCCAAAGAAGGACCAGGGACAACAACGAGCUGGCGACAUCCCGACCUUGGCCGAAGCCCUCCAGCCGCUCGAUAACAGCCAAGCAUCCACUUCAUACGCACAGGAUGUAUCGAGCAUCUCGGCAUCAAUGACUCCGCAAGCGUUCAGCCGUCAAUUGCUGGCCGCCAGUCUGGAGUCGGCUGAAAUUUGGCCAUCGUCGGCUGCUGCCAUGUCCGCAAGCCACCCACAGCGAGACGAAUCCUCAUCGGCGACCAGCCCGACCAGGACGCCCGGGCUAUCUCCAAAACCCGUGGUAACAGUUGGGCACCCGACUCAACGAGGGGCACCUAUCACGCCUGUACUGCCUGCCAUUACGCCCGACCUCUCCGCAAUGGUCUUGAUACCAGCAGGAAGUGUGUGCACAGGUGCAUCACCGACCUAUGCUCAUCCAUUCACGACACCCGGUUUCCAUGCCGCGGUAUCAGCAGGGUAUGAUAUCGGCGGUGAAUUUGUUUCUGGGGUUAACCCAGCCAUGACGCCCGGUCCUAUGAUGGCCGCGGUACCAGCGGGACCCCAUGGGGGCUUUGCUCCAUCUCCCACCGUAGCACCUGGCUACGGUGCCUACCAACAAAGACCUUCUCAAGGGCACCAGGCGUCCACACCCGCCGCAACGUUCAGGGAAACAGGGAACCCAGCAUCUAGUUCCCUCUUCUCUCGGGGAGUUCCCUCUCUGACGUCCGGUGGAGGUGCAUAUCCAACGCCUCCGACAUUCAUGGCUCCACGCUCUUCCAGCGCAUCUGGAACAGAUGAGGUAUGCUUGGAAAGUAAACCAGAGACCAGCAGAUUCUUCUGGGACUUGACAUACCACACGUUCCAGUGUGCAAUGGAUGGGUGUGAGAAGCGGUGCAAUAUGUGGGAUUGUGAAUCCGUCAUUUGCCCGUUCUGUGGACCUCUCUCGCAUAUUAUGUAUUGCGGAAAGGAACACCUCCGGAAAGAUGUCCGGACCCACUGGUUGUACUGUGAAAAAGCAUCGUUGCAAGAGCCAUGUUUGGAUCAUACGGUGCCCGUGGAUAUUCGAAUCGGACCUCCCGCAAUCCCAUGCAAGAAUGGCUGGGAUAGCCCCGAGCGUCACCAGCAGGCAUUGUGGUUCAGUACGGCACGUCAGGAAGGUGACUACUUCAUCUUCGCCGCCUGGAGAGACUGCAUUGCCACAGGGCUGCCUCCAGGUUCUUUGGAAGGCCGGUGCUCGCCUCGUGUGGCUCAGGUUGUGCGUUUCGACGAUCCCAUUGAGAAGGACCGUUUCCGACGGAUCCUUGCAGUGUGUUUGCUGGAAUCAGUUGAGGUCCAGCCACUGGUUGCGUACAUGUUUCGUUUACUACGGGACAAGCUCCAAUCAACUAACCAUUGGUCGCCUCAACUGGACAUGGAGCUCCGGGACCAGCUGUACUGGGAGCUGGGUGUCUCAAUUGGCCUGGACUUCGUGGGUUUGCGGCACGCUUGCGAGACCGAAUGGAGCGGUCGACCACCUCGCCAUUGUCGGGACGGUAUCUGCGUCACUGAGCGGCCGCACCUCUUGGGGGGCACAAGAUGGGAAAAUUGGUUCGAACGCCUUGUCUACAAUGAGGAAUGCAGUCACUGGAUUCUUCGUGCGAAUCGAACCACCCAUCCCUUCGUCAAGAGCGUGAACGCUCGGAUAUGCGGAGUGGGAUUCGACGUUGUUCAAGAAGAAAGACGUCCUUUUCGACGUGGCGAGGGUUGGGAUGGGGUGGGGACAGGUCUUAUGGAGAUGGAAGGUCCAGAAGUGCUCUCAGCUGACCCUUAG